AUGUCAGGAAACGUGUCUCUUCUGUCAAUGAGUCCCACAAGCAUUUGGGAGAACUCGUCUGUGCUGAACGCCACCCCUCCUCGCUUUCCUUCUGACUGGGAGACGCCCACAUUCACUGUGGCCGCGCGCUUCCGUGUGGCGGCCACCCUGGUGCUGUUUGUCUUCGCAGCUAUCAGUAACCUCUCAGUGCUGAUCAGCGUGACCCGGGGACGAGGACGCCACCUGGCCCCCCACAUGCGGCCCCUCAUUGCCAGCCUGGCCUCCGCUGACCUUGUCAUGACAUUUGUGGUGAUGCCACUCGACGCUAUAUGGAAUAUCACAGUGCAGUGGUAUGCUGGCGAUGCCAUGUGCAAGAUCCUCUGCUUCCUCAAGCUUUUUGCCAUGCAUUCGGCAGCGUUUAUCCUGGUGGUGGUGAGUCUGGACAGGCACCAUGCGAUCUUGCAACCGCUGGAAGCUCUGGAUGCCGGCCGCAGGAACAGGAGGAUGCUGCUGGCUGCCUGGAUACUCAGCAUCCUACUCGCCUCUCCACAGUUACUUAUUUUCAGGGCAAUUAAGGCUGAAGGAGUUGAAUUUGUGCAGUGUGUAACUCAUGGAAGCUUCCAGCAGCGCUGGCAGGAAACAGCCUACAACAUGUUCCACUUUGUCACCCUGUAUGUGUUCCCUCUGCUGGUAAUGAGCUUCUGCUAUACGCGAAUCCUUGUGGAAAUCAACCGCCAGAUGCCUCGUGGUAAAGGAAAGGGUGGGGAACCUUGUCUGAGACGCAGUGGAACCGACAUAAUCCCAAAAGCACGCAUGAAGACCCUGAAGAUGACCAUUAUCAUUGUGGCAUCAUUUGUGGUGUGCUGGACACCGUACUACCUGCUUGGCAUCUGGUACUGGUUUCAGCCUUAUAUGCUGCAGGUGAUGCCAGAAUACAUCCAUCAUGCUCUCUUCGUCUUCGGCAACCUCAACACGUGCUGCGAUCCGGUCAUCUAUGGUUUCUUCACACCCUCGUUCCGAGCCGACAUAGCCAGCUGCUUCAGCAGAAGGAAUCAAAACUCUUCUCCCAAAUCACUGGACCUACUCUCCGCAAGGAGAGGGGGUGCAAGCGGAGAAGCUGAGUCGGACCUCGGAAGCGGUGACCAGCCCAGCAGACAACAAGCAUAGAGGGUCAGGAUACCUCAAUGAGCUAGAUU